ACUGCCGAGUAGCUCUAUAUAUACAUAACAAACAACAAUAGAAUCUUUGAUCACAUAACUGCAUUUCAAGAAACUGACAACAAUUAGGUUACAGUUAAACAUCAAUGGCUGAUCCAAUUCUUGAAGACGCAGCAGAGGAGAAUUUUCCAUUUGGAGAUUUUCUCGUUCCCUGUGAUUCAACGCUUAUUGGUUUUCUGCAUAGCGCGAUAAUGGGUGUUCCAAUCCCCGUUGAUCCACUACCAUACUAUGACAUUUUCUCAGCUCCCAGUCCUCUGCGUCUAAUUCCUCGCAAUCGUCGUAAUAACCCUCAAAUGACACAUGAAUGGUACUGCUUUUGGAACAGAAAAAUGGGGGGGAAGAUUAUAAAAACUAGUGUUGGUUUUUACCAAUUCUCUGCUCGUGCAGUUGUCUAUCAUGUUCUUGAUACUGAUGUCACUAUGGGUUUUUCCCGCACGUUCGAUUUUUACAUGGGAAACCCAUCUGAUGAAACACAUCAUUAUACUAUUUGGCGUGUAGAAGAGUUUAAGAUCAAUCCUAAUAUUGUUCAAGUUGAUGAUGAUGAUCUCGCUGCUAAACGAAGGGUUUCUAAUCUGGUUGUGUACAAAAUUGUAAGAUCGAACGACAAGAAACUUAAAUAUCCAUACGGGUAUGGGUUUGAAUUUACCGAUAGUUUGCUGCUUACUUUCUUGAAGAGGACGAUACAGGGUCUAGAUCUUCCUGGCCAUCCUAUCCCCGUCGACAUUGAUGUUUACUCGUAUGCUAGCCCUGAAGAUCUUCCUUUUGAACUUUGCAAGCGAUCAAGAUUGGAUGAGUGGCACUUCAUUAGGCGAACGGAUGAAAUCAAUUUUUUAACUAGAGAUGGUUUCUAUGAAAUGACUAUUUUGCAACCUAUCUAUGUGGAGAUUGCAAAAAAUGAAUUUAUACUCCGUGGUUACAAACGUACUCUGGAUUUUUAUAUUCGAAGGCCGCCUGCCUACGCUGCAAUAAAAUCUGCUUGGAGUAUAAUUGAGUAUCAAGUUGAUCCUAGUUUCAUUGAAGAAUGGGAUCGUCGUGAUUUUGUUCUCUGCAAAGUUGUAAACAGGGAUUCUGAUGAAGAAAUUUUUGCACCUAUUGGGGAAAGGCAUUGGACCUGAGGAAAAUGUUGAACCUGCUGAGGCGAUUCCUGAACCUGAUGAGGAAAUUGGUUAACCUGAUGAUGAGAUUAUUGAACCUGAUGAGGCGAUUCCUGAGCCUGAUAAGGAUACUUCAGAACUUGAUGAGGAAUUUUCUGAACCUACAAUGAAGAAAUUUCUCAGAAGGUAUUGCUAACUGGUAUACUAGAAUUCCAUUUCAAAUCUUGUAUAGAUUGUUUUUCAUUUGUUUAGUUCAGUUGCAUACAGUGUCAAUAUUCAGGCAAGAAGUACAGGUAGCUAUUAGAAGCAUAUACUAUAGAAUUACCAAUCUCUUAGAAAUAAAACAUUAUAGCAAAAUCUGAAAUUAAUGUUGAGUGUGUGAGGAAUCUGAACUCGCGAUCUUAUGGCUAAUUCUGAAUGUAGCUGAUGGUUCAAGUAUUUUACAUGUCUUGCUUGUCAAGGAAAAAAUGUUUAUUGCUGGCUUUCUUGAGUCAUUGAGAUUGAAAUUACUUUUUG